GCUUCCUCGAACCACGCAUGGUUUCUUCGAAUUGCAAAUCGCUAUCAUUUUCGAUUUGAGCAAAAACGUAAUGUCAUAGUUCUUUAUUGUUAUCACAAUUCUAUACAACGACGUUGAUGACAAAGCAUUGUAAAUGAUGGAUUCCAACGAGGAUGCGUCACGAAUUUUGAAGGGAAUGUUGAAUAUUGGCGAAAGGUCCACUUCCGAAGCUGGCAAUUCUUUGGUUUCUUUGUUACCACAAGACAAUAAUGAACAGACUGAAGGUUAUUGCCACGAAGAUGAGCCUUUGCAAUCAAAUAAUUCUUUUUCAACUGACUCUUUUGGCGAACAAGAUACAUUUCGUUUGGAGCCUGUGCGUCAAUUUGUGCAUUUCACAAAAGAGGAACAGCAAGGAAGUGUAAGCAUAUAUGCGAAUGAAGUACACAUAAAAACAGACUUCAUUGAUGUUGUGCAAAGUCAUACAGCUGGAAGCAACAGAGUUAAAGUCACUCCAGUAGUAAACUAUGAAUGGGAAUCAAAGUUUUGCAAUGGGCAACUUCUCAGUGCCUCUCGAAAAUACUUGGCUUACGUUCUUGGAGGAAAGAAAGGUUUUAGGCUACGGAUAUUGAAUCGUAAAACAGUGGUAAAAGGACUGAUCAAAGAUUUCCAUGAAAGUAUUGAUGAUGUGUCAUUUGCUCAUUAUGACUCGGAUCUGCUUGCUUGUAUUGAUUCCAACGGAGAUAUUUUUGUGUGGACAAUUUCCGAAUCUAAUGAUGAAGUCAAAUAUUCUCUCAAGCUUCAUGUGAUACGAGAAAAAAAAGAAAUUCCUAAAAGCUUAGCAGGAAACCGUCUUGUGUGGUGUCCCAAUGUUGCAACCGACGAUGAUGAUGAUGAGAAUAUCUCUGAACAAGUUCUAGCAGUGUGCUUUGGUAACAUUGCUGAAGUACUUCAUAUAGAUACAAUUAUUGGAAUUCAUGGUAAUACAGUCAAUGCAGAUGAUAUUCAGAAAGGAGUGGUGAGAGUUAAUAAAGGGCAUAAUGAAGUCAUCACAGAUAUUGCACUUGCUCCGGAUGGCAGUGUUUUAGCAACAGCAAGUGAAGACGGUGGUGUCAAAUUCUGGCAGUUGGAUUUCCAACAGUCUACAAAUGAACCACAUUGUUUACAUGAGUGGCAGCCACAUGAAGGACAACCACUUUCAACAUUGAUCUUUUGUGAUAAUCACUUGCUUCAAGAUGAUAAAAGUCCAUUUUGGAGAUUUCUUAUAACUGGAGGUCAGUAUGACAGUGAACUUAAGAUAUGGUGUACAGUCACGUGGUCCUGUUUACAGACAAUCAGGUUCACAUUGCCAGCAUCAAGUCUAACACUUGAAAACCCCCCACCUUUAAAACUGAAAGCAAGCUUGGAUUUAUCUGCGCAGUACUUGGUCUUGUCUGACAUCAAUCGUAAGGUGCUUUAUAUUUUCAUUUUACAUCAAAACAUUGACGAUGGUAAAGCUCAUGUCACCUCGGUAGCCCAUUUUAUACUUACGCAACCGCUGUUGAGUUUCGUCAUCUCGGACGCGAAGAUGUUGAAGGCAUCGGUGAAGGAUAGCAUGGAUCAAAAUAGUGAUGAAGACGAUUGUAAAUACCUUAACAACGACUUACAUGGCGAGAGCGAGGAAUCGAAACCCAUCCCGACCGUUCGAGUAAAACUUUACGCUAUUAAUCCAAAAGCAAUGCAAGAAUUGACAAUACAAUAUCAUCCAAAUGCAUCCAUCAGUCCCGUGACUCAAACGAGUCUUACUGCUUCGUCAGUAACUAAUUCUGAAACAGUCAUAGACAGGCUAUCUGAUGUGAGUGGAUUGGACGCGAGUCUUACCGAAAUAGAUGACCUGGAAACUAAAAGCGAAAAUUCGGCUCCAAAGCUUUUUGCACCAAGUGCUUUUGCCACCCAGAAAUCUGCCAAACAAUUUUCACCUGCUGAGAACAAUCCAGAUGACGCGUCAAAAGCGGUCAGUGCUUCGAGCAGCAUCACAACAAUCACAUCUAUCAAUAAUUCCAGCGAUAAAAACGAUGAACACACGAAUGAAUCUCGGACCUCUGAGAACGAUUACAGUUUUAAAACUUGUGAUGAGGUCACACUACAAGAGCAGCCUGGAUGUGUUAGUUCAUGGUUGGAGAAAAAAUUACCUUCUGAAGUUUCUCUACCAGAUUCUCCUGAUCCUUCCAAGUUUUCGCAUUUUAAGCCUGCUGUGAAUCAACCGUCGGAAGACGACAACUCAGGGAUAAGCCACAGCACACCUUUGCGUGGACACAUUUCAGAAUUUGACGACGAUGUUCGUCACAACACUGCCAUAGAAGAUGAAUUGCCUCCUGUUGAGUCACAUCGGUUUUCUUCACCCCCCGAAAGUAAAAAACAGAUUGACCCCCCGGAGGAAAAGCCUGUAGAUCUGAAACAAGCUCCCUACCUUAAUGAAAUGAAGACGGAGGAUAUGGCUUAUUAUCGUUUAAAGAGUGAUGCAAAGGCUCAAUUUCCGCCCGGCUUCACUGAACUUGAAGAGGAAAAGAGAGAGUUGGGAGCAAAAGUGACAGAAAAUUCAAACGAAUGUAUAACACCAAGUGAACAAAUCGACGUAGAACCUCUUCAAACGGUGCCAAUGAGAAACACUAAACAAACCCUGGAUUCCUUACGUGAUGAAAUCAGAGAAAUAAGAGAGUUGAUAUUCAACCAACAACAACAGCAAAAUGACAAAAUGACUGAAGUCUUAAAGGAAGAAAUCGCAGUCAUUGAAGGGGUCAUUUCAUCAAAACUCGAGUCUAUUAUGGAUCAGCACAAGACGGAACAAGACCAAAUGUUUGAGAAAUUCACUCGCGACAAACUAGCAAGCGAGAAGCAGCGAUUCGAAAAAAUGACGACGUCCAUCACGAACGCUGUUCAAAAUAAAGUAGAAAAGACCGCGAAGAAUGAGAUUCGAAGUUCCGUGAGCUCAGGUUUUCAAAAGAUCUCGGCUCCGUUACAGGAUCAACUAAACACAAUAAUGAGUCAGAAGUUGACAGCUACCGAUGAAGUCCUACGUGAAGCCAUUGCAAACCUAAUGAAAGAAAAGACGGUCGUCGAUGCGAUUGGAAAGACAGUUGGUGAUGCUAUCCAAGUUUCCCUUCUGGCAUCCAUGAACGAGUUUUUCAACAAAACAAUGUUACCUGGUUUCGAGAAAUCCUGUCGCGCCAUGUACGCACAGAUCAACAGUGCUUUUGAGAGUGGUACCCAAGAAUAUAUUCAAAACUUUGAAGGUUACGCCGAAAGUCGGAAGGAAAUCGAGAAACAGCAAAAAGACAACAUUGUGGAACAACUUCAGAUAUUGGUUCAAAACUUUCAAGUUGCUUCUGAAAAAUUAUCGACGACAAUGUCUGGAAAUUUAUUGGAAAUGAUGCAGACACAAUUGGCUUCAUCUAUGAAGAGGCUUCAAAGUUCCUUACUCUCUCAACUUCAAGAUGAUCUAAAUAAAAGUCUACACGAAACUAUUCAGAAAGAGGUCUCUGGCCUUUUAAUAGAACAGAGUAUCUUAUCUAAUGACGGUAGGAGUCAAUCACAACAAAGAAAUACACAGAUUCGUAUUGAACAGUUGAUCAAAGAAAAAAAGAUUCCUGACGCAUUCCAAGAAGCACUCACCGCGGGAGAUUUAAGUCUCGUGAUCAUGGUUUGUCAGUCAUGUGACCCCGAGGAUCUAUUCCGUGAAGAUCCAUCCCCUCUUAGUCAACCGAUUCUUCUUUCCCUCAUACAGCAGCUUUCAGUGGAUUUGUCUUCUGAAACUGAGCUUAAACACAGGUAUUUGCAAGAGGCUGUGUUGGCCUUAGAUACAGAAGAUCCUGUCACAAAGGAACAUGUCAGCAGUAUUUUGGGAGGGCUAGUGCAACAACUAACUCACACUGUGCGCUUAUUAUCACAAACAGAUUCCUCAAAUCCUUUGCAGCGUCCCUUAAAGCGUCUGCUCUUGGCUGCGAAAUCGUUGAUAAAGUAGUCCAAGAAAAAGAGAUACCUUCCAUACUUUCCUGGAGCACCAAAAAUUAUUUUUCCGUUAAAAUAAAAUACAUAUGUUAGCGAAAUUUUCACUUUAGUGUUUAAAAAUGCUGUUAAUGUGUCAAAACGAGAUUAAAUAUUGCUUUGCGCAUAGUAGUUUAUAAAUGUGCGCACCAUAUCUCUUUGUAAAAAAAUUUCUUGCCAUAUUGUUUCAGAUCGCUAGUGAACUAUUGUACAAUGAACAAUGCGACCAUUUACGUUUGUGUUUAAAGUUUUCCGAGAAAAAAUACAAUGUUUGCCGUAUAAGCUA